CGUAAACCUUUACACAAUCGUCGGCGCCGGGAACCAUGCUUGGAUUGAAGUUAAUGCAGUUUGGAAUCAGAUCACAUAUCAAAGGUUAUAAUUUCCUUGCAAAGAAUCACUUAACGAAACUAAAACGCUUCUCGACUUGCUCCAAAUGGCUGAAGGUCCCAGCGCCAAAGCUCACCGCAAGCAUGGCGAUCCCGAAAGUGGUAAUCGACACCGACGCAGGGCUGGACGACGCCCUGGCGAUCUUCAUGGCCCUGGAGUCCCACAAGCGCGGAGAUCUCCAGGUGGUCGCCAUCACCACCGUCCACGGGAACACCAAGGUCGACAAUGUCUGCGUUAACGUGUUGAGGAUCUUGCAAGCCGCCGACUUGCUGGAGGAGAUCCCAGUGUUCGUGGGCGCGCGCGGGAGCCUCGUCCACCCUUGGGUCGACCCCGGCGAGCCCUUCCACGGCAGCGAUGGCUUCGGGGACACCAAACUGGCCGCCCCCCCUCCCCCCACCUCGCUCCUGAAGCCCCAGCACUCGGUGUGGGAGCUUCUCGAACUCUCCAAGAAGUAUGAGAACGAAUUAGUGCUCAUCGCCCUGGGUCCGCUCACCAACGUGGCGCUGGCUCUGCGUCUGGACCCAAAAUUCACUUCCCGGUUAGCUGGGUUCUUUGCUAUGGGUGGAAAUACGACAGCCCUCGGGAAUAUCACGGUCUGCGGCGAGUUCAACUUCACGUGCGACCCAGAGGCAGCGAGAGUGGUACUGGAAGGGUCAGAACAGGUCAUUUGUCUUGUGCCAUGGGAAACGUGUCUCUAUGGCAUUAAUAUCACCUAUCAUGAACGAAAAGAAAUGGGUGCAAUCAGCAGUCCAGCAGCUCAGCUCAUGAACCAGAUCGAGCACAAAGUUCUGGAUAAGAAAGAGUUUGAUUACUGGAUUACCUGUGAUCAGUUAGCUAUGGCUUGGAUGAUCGAUGACGUCAGGAAUAGAAAAGUUGCCAAUACAAAGAAGAAAGAAGAACACACUGAAGUUGGUUCUUCUAGCAAACUGAUAACAAAAUCUAAGAAAUGUUUUGCAACGAUAGAACUUAAUGGAAGUCAUACACGUGGCCAGUUGGUACUUGACCAUGAGAAUAAAUUGAAAAGGAAUUCCAAUGUUUUAAUCAUGACUGCCGCAGAUAAAGAGCUGUAUCAACGGUACCUUCGCAUGGGCUUUGGUGGAGAAUUUUAAACUAGGGUGAGAGAUUUUGUAAAGAUGUGCCAAUAACAUGACUUUAUUUUGAUUAUCUCUUUUGGUUGUAUCUUCCGAGGAGUGUAGUCUGCCUCUAAGAGUCAGUUUAUUUUAUUCUUUCAUGUUGUAUUUGUGUUUUGUUUCAUAUAUUUCAGCAAAUGUGCAUUCUCUUCCAAAACGGUGAAAACUUUUAAAAUUAGCUUCCAUUUGUCACUGCCUGGUCAUAAAAUAGGAUUAUUUUGCUUUAUUUUUCUGUUGUUGGUAAUCAUAUUUACUAAUUAUGCAAUUUAUUAUUCAUUUUGAUCAAAUCAUACAUGUAAAACUUUCUUUUAAAAAAUGUUCUUGUUAAAGUUUGAUUUUCUUGCAUUAAUUAGUUUGUACUUUACAUUCCUAUAUGUUACCCACAACGAAUGUUGAAUUUCAGGUAAACAAACAGUCAGAAAUAAGAUAAAUGUGUUAAUACUAUACAAAUAUAUUUUUAUGCAGUUCCUC